CGUCGUGUGUCCUACGCAGUUCAGGCCUUCGUGUUUAACCCAUUUCCUCUUUGUAUGUGUGUGGGUUCUGUUAAAAAAACCCCAACUCUCUCUCUCUCUCUCUCCCCUGCCAUUGGGUAGACGAAGAAGCACUGAAACCGGCAGAAAGAGAGCAGUUGGUUGGAGGCUUCAACUGUCAGCUUGCUUGAGAGAGCUCUUGAGCUAAUUUCGUGAAAACUAGGAGGACAGCUUUUUAUUUGCUCCUCAUCUUUAUAAGCAGCACACAAUAUGGCAAUGUAUAUUCGUGUGAAGCGUCAUAAGACAACUUAUUUUCUGCAAUGCGACCCAACUGAGACAAUUCUAGAUGUGAAGCAAAAGCUGCAUUCUUUAAUUGACCAUGUGACUAGUAAUCAGCGGUUAAUUCUCCUUGCGACCGGAGAAACACUGGAUGAUAACAAAACAUUGGCUGAGCAGAAGGUUGAAAAUGAUGCAAUUGUAGCCUUAACUCUGCGGAAAGACAACAAUGAAUUUGAGGAGGUUCACAUUGAAAAGCCAGAAGAUGUUGGCAACUCUCCUGAACCAGACGUCUCCUUGGGCUAAAGAUUGUUCCAAAUGCAUCCUCGUUCUGAUACACAACUAUUUCGAAUGCAGUUGACACCAUCGGUGUUUUUGGACUUGCCGCAGAGCUACAAGUAUGUGGAAGUCUAUAGGUCAUGAGACCUUUUGAUUGGUAGAAAGUCUGAAAAUCUUAGAAGAAACGCAGCUGUUAGUUACUGUAACAUGAAGGUCUGCAAGUGUCAAGAUCUUCUAUUUUCACGGAAGAAGACAAUCUCUUUUAGUGCUAAUAAUGCAUUAUCGUUCUUGAAAAUUUGCUCUCACGGUAGCAA